AUGUUCAGCAAAUUGAAGCAGAUUUUUAAGGCCCCUGAGCCCCCAAAGGCUGCUGAGGCCCCAGCACCUGCCCCUGCCCCUGCACCUGCCCCACCAGCAAAGAAAGAAGAGGCCAAACCUGCUCCUGCUCCUGCUGCAGAGCCUGCAAAACCUGAAGCCACCACUCCUGCUGCUGCUGCUGACGCCCCUAAUGCUGACGGAGAGGCCGCAGAGGGGGAACCGGAGAAGCCCAAGCCAAUCGUGAUUAACCGCUACGCAGACGAGAUGCUUAGGGAGGUUGCACAACGCAUGACAUUCCGCAAUAACAUCUACAAGGAAAAGGUCCUUGACCCCUAUGCCUCUUCGCCAGAGUACAGUCCAGCUGUCACGCCUGUGUAUCGGAUCCCCGACUUUAUUAAAAAGCAAGAAGCAGAACGGAUCGCAAAAGAGGAGGCAGAAAGGAAGAAAAAGGAAGAUGCAGAAAAGAAAGCAGCAGAAAAGAAAGAGAAAGAAGAGAAGGACAAAGAGAAAAAAGCACAAGAGAAAAAAGAACAAGAGCUUAAAGAGGCGGAGGAAGUCAAACCCGAGAAGACUUUCAAGCUCCCAAAGUUCAGCUGUGCCUGGAUAGAUAAACUACUUGCGCCCAUUGAGGACAAAAUGGACGUCUAUUUGGGGAAUACAAUUGACCCUUUCACAGAUCGCCGGUAUAUUAAAUGGCUCAGUUUAGUGACAGUGGCCUUCAAUUACAACGUCUGGCUUGUACCAGCACGCUUGUGUUUUCCAUACCACACACCACAAGCGAUACCCUUCUGGAUCCUGUUUGAUAUCAUUUUUGACCUGGUAAACAUUAUCGAUAUUGUGAUUUUCCAGCAACGGCUGCAGUUCGUCAAAGGCGGCGAUAUUAUUAAAGACCGGGCGAUGACCAAAGUUAACUACAGAGCAUCUCCACGCUUUAGGUCAGACAUGAUGAGUAUCAUUCCAUUUGAUGUGCUCUCUCUCCAGUUUGGAUUCCUAUCGCUGUUUAGAUUCAAUCGCUUUUUAAGGGUAGAUUCUUUUAAUGAGUUCAGCGAUCGACUAGAGAGCCUCAUGGCAAAAGCCUACAUCUGGAGAGUGAGUCGAACCAUCUGCUACCUGUUGUACUUACUUCACCUCAAUGGCUGCAUCUACUAUGUGGCCUCAGACUACUUGGGUUUGGGCACGUCUAAGUGGGUCUAUGAUGGCAAAGGAUCCGCGUACCUGCGCUGUUAUUAUUAUGCUGUUCGGACACUGAUCAACAUUGGGGGUCUUCCUGAGCCGCAUUCAGUCUUUGAAAUCACUUUCCAAAUGGUGAACUUCUUCGUGGGCGUGUUUGUCUUCUCCAGUUUGAUUGGACAGAUGCGAGAUGUCAUCGGAGCAGCCACAGCUGGGCAGACAUACUUCCGUGCCUCCAUGGACGGGUGUGUGGCCUACAUGAACGCCAACCACAUUCCUAAGGUGGUGCAGCAGAGAGUGCGCACCUGGUACAACUACACCUGGGACGCACAGGGCAUGCUGGAUGAAGGGGAAUUGCUGGAUAGUAUGCCUCUGGUCAUGAAAACAGCAAUUGCUGUAGACAUCAACCUGACCACCUUCCAAAAGAUAGACCUCUUUAAGGGCUGUGAUGGCCAGAUGCUUGUGGACAUGUUACUGAGGCUCAAGUCCAUUAUCUACUUGCCUGGAGACUUUGUGGUGAAGAAGGGAGACAUCGGUAAGGAGAUGUACAUCAUCAAAGCAGGAGCUGUGCAGGUGGUGGGAGGUCCAGAUAAUUCCAUCGUCUUUGUAACACUGAAGCAAGGAUGUGUGUUUGGCGAGAUCAGUCUGUUGCAGUCAUCAGCUAAUGGAGGCAACCGCAGAACCGCGAAUGUAAAGGCCCACGGCUUUGCCAACCUCUUUGUGCUGGAGAAGAAAGAUCUGUUUGACAUCCUGGUCCACUACCCAGCGUCCCAGAAGGUGCUGGCCAGGAAGGGGAAGAAGCUGAUGAAGGCCAAAGGCCCAGCUGGUGCUAAGGCAGAUGAGGACAAGAAAAAGGCUGUGACACUGUUUGGACCCAAACCGCCCACCCCAAAGUUCCUCCGAGCUUUUGGUAAUGUUGGAAAAGGGGGUUGGCUGGAAAAACUCAAGGCUGCUGCUGCAGCAGAACAACAGAAGUAAAACCAGCUGGGAGACUGUGUGUGUAUCUGCAUACGGGUGUAACUAUGGAGACAGUAUGCCUUCGUCCGGGCCAGUCUCUGUAUUUAUGCUACGCAUGUGAGUAUGUG